AUAAAAAAAAUAUAACAUUGCUUCACUAGCUACAUUCAAAUAUUUCUCAAUUUAUCUCCAAUUUUUCUUAAUUUAUUUUUAAUUGUGUUUUUUCACUGGUAAGUAAGAUAGUGAAAAUAUUUCAAUGAUGUAAAUACAGAAAGAGGAAUAUUAUGUAUAAAUACUAUAUUUGAUGUGCAAAAAGGGUCUGAUAGGGUGGGGUGUAGAAUUUAUGCUUUUUUAUGUGUAAGUUUUGAUCAAAAAUUGAGCUGACCAUGUUUUUAACUGCCAUUUCUACAGACCUUAGCCAAUGCUGUAGUGAAAGUCGUAAUUCCGGCAGACAGGUAUACAGCCUUAUUUCUUUUAUUUUCUAUAUUUCAUCCCCCAAUGAUCAUCAGACAAGUUGGCAUGACAUUUAAAGUCGACACAAUUUUCAGACAAUAUCUAAAUUUUAAAUAUCUAAAUUCACACUAAAAUACCCUAAAAAUAGGCCUACCAAAAAUUUAAACCAACAUUUACAGGGAAUAUUGUCUUUGUCAUCUGCAAUUGAUUGUAAAAUCUUAUGAAUUUGCUGUUGAUCAUAUCUUUAUCUUAAGGGAAUUGAACCAUUCUUAGGCCAAUAUUCUUUUUAGAUUCAACUUGCACUUGAUUGUACAUGUAGUUGACAAGGGAUUAUAUAUCCCUCAAAUAAGUGAUUUUAAACUACCAAACAUGUAUUUUAAUGAAUUAAAAAUUUACACACAAACAAUUUGCUACCAAACUACACAUUUGGAAGUAGGAUAAAUCCUUAAUACUAGUAAAACAUAAUAGCAGGAUUAAAAUAAGUGAAAGUUAUAACCAGUUUGGUGGUGUUAACAUACCAGUAGAUAUGGCAGUCAAAUUUGUAUUCAAAUUUAAUUCAAAAUGAAGCAUUACACGCUAAUGAAGCAUGGCUAUUGCUGUUUAUUGCAAAUACGGCACCAUUUUAGAUGGAAUACUUUUUUAUACAACCACAUUUUCAUGUGGACGUAUUAUGCUGUCACCCCAUUCCGUCCACAAGUUGUGUGAGGACACUCUACAGUUCACAAUUUUUAUCCAAUUUUGACGAAACUUAAAAUAUUGGUCUAUCUCCCAAACAUCUCGAUUCCUUUCGAUAUUGGCAUGUAUUGGACCAUAACUUUAUGGAUUAUGGCCCCUGAUUGUAUGGAAAAUCACGUUUUUAGCUUGUGGACAAUCUAGAGGUCACAAUUUUCAUCUGAUUUUGAUGAAACUUGAUAUGCAUGAUUAUAACCAAAAGAUCUUGGGUUCUUUCGAUAUUCGUGCAUUUCAGAUGUAACUUCCUGAAUUAUGGCCCCUGAUUGUACAAAAAUCACCUUUUUAACUUGUGAUCCCUAUACAGGUCACAAUUAUUAUCUGAUUUAAAGAACCAUUCGAAUAUAUCACCGUUACACCAUAAUGUCGGUUGAGUUCCAAUUUCAGACCUAAACUGUCAAGGUAUUACCGAGGUUGUGGACCCUCUAGAAGUCACAGUUUUUAUCCGAUUUUGAUGACACUUGAAAAGUAUGUUUAUAACUCAACAAGUCACCAUGUCAGACAAAAUUUAAAAAUUCGUAGAAAUAUGAUUUCUGUUACUCAUAAAGUUUUGAGAAUGUAAUCUAAACAUUAGGUUUAUAAAUAACUGACGAGGCAUGAGUGACCAUUUAUAAGAUAAAAGUUUCCUUUCUAUGCUGUAAAAAAUUGAAACAAAAUAUCUACUAAUUGUUUUAUCACAAAAAUCAUGAAAUAUUCACCAAUAGAUAGGUCAUUGUCUCAAUUUUGAUCUAUUGCCAAUGUUAACUUGUCUGAUAUCUGAAUGGGUGUUUGAAAAAUCAAAAAAUCUUAUAAGACUAAAAUAUACCAAUGUAAUGAAGAAAGAAGCCAGUGGAGAAGGAUGGUGGACGGAAAUGGUUGGACAAGAAUAUGGAUGGAUUCUUUGGGAAUGCAAGAAGAUUUUAUUAGGCUUUUAUUGUUAAGAGUUAAAACUUAAAAUUGAUUUAUUGAAAAAUUCAUUUUAAAUGGAUUUAGUAUAAUUAAUUAUUAUUGAUUCGUAAUGAUUAUUAUUUUAUUGAAUUAAUUCUAAGAUCACAUUUGCAUGUUUUGUUUUUGUGUGAGCAAUGACCCUUUGCCAAUUAGAAAUGCCUAAUUUUAAAGCUAGUAUCUAUCAAUUUGUAAAUUCAUACCUUUCUCUUAAUCUUAUGGAAAAUUAACUAUGGGGUUUUAUUACUAACAUUUUAAAGAAUUGAAGAGAAAUUGCAUGUUGCAUAUAGGUGUCUGCUGUAUUUCUUUAAAAUAAUUGUGUUACAGCAUGUAGCACUUAGAAAAAACAAAAUUAUUUGUUUCAGGAGAUACAGCAGCGAUUUAGCCUUUUGUUGUUGUACUCUUUAAAUUAUGAUGAAUCAAAGUAGGAGGGGAUAAAACUGCAUUGUAAUUUUCAUUCUUGUGUCUUGAAAAUAAUUUAAACUUCAAACUUUUAUACAAUAUUAUAUACAAAUACUAUUCUCUAAACUGUCUGUGUAAUUAAGGAUUUCCAAAUACAGCUUUUAUUAUUUAAAAUCAAGGUUGAUUGUUUGGGGGAUAACUAUUUAAAAACUAAUUGAUGCUAUUACAUUAAGGUAUUACAUUAAGUUAAAGCCUAGAUCACUGUACAUUUCUUAAACAAAAUUUCAUUACUAACAAACUGUAGUUUUGUGGGGGUUUAGGUAUGUGUGUUGAUCUGUGUCCAAGUUACUACAAACUUGUUUUAAACAUCAUAAAUUUAGAUGUGCUUGUAUGUAGUCUUUGUGGUUAGAUGGGGGUUCCCCUUAGGUGUUGCCAUGUCCAUGUUUCUUGUUUCAGAAGUCUUUUAGCCGUAAUACAUCGAAUGGUUGAAUUUGUUGUUCGUGAAGGACCAAUGUUUGAAGCAAUGAUAAUGAAUCGAGAACUUAGUAAUCCAGUAUUCAGGUUUUUAUUUGACAACCAGACACCAGCUCAUACUUACUACAGAUGGAAAAUGUUUUCAAUAUUACAAGGUGAUACACCUUACAGAUGGAAUACUAAAGAGUUCCGUAUGUUUGAUGGAGGAUCUAUGUGGAGACCACCACCAAUGAAUCCUUACACUCAAGGUAUGCCAGAAGAUCUAGUAGUUAGUGAAAGAAAACCUCCACCAAGAGUUAAAGAAGAACCAGUAGAAAUACAGAAAGGACAAUUAACUGAUAGUCAACGAGAUCGUUUAGAAGAUAUGUUAAGAGAACUAACACCAGAGAGAUGUAAAGUUGGUGAUGCUAUGGUAUGGUGUCUAGAUCAUGCAGAGUCAGCAGAAGAAAUAGUAGAAUGCUUGUCAGAAUCUUUGUCAAUUUUACAAACACCUAUGCCUAAAAAGAUUGCUCGUAUAUUCCUAGUGUCAGAUAUUUUAUUUAACAGUAGUGCUAAAGUUCCUAAUGCUUCUUUUUUCCGAAAAUUUUUCCAAUCAAAAUUAAUGGACAUAUUUAAAGAUAUUCGAGAAACCUAUGAAAGUAUUGAAGGUCGUCUGAAAGCUGAACAGUUUAAGCAAAAAAUAAUGUUAUGUUUCCGUGCAUGGGAAGAUUGGACCAUUUAUCCUAACGACUUUUUGAUUAAACUACAGAAUAUAUUCCUUGGGCUUGUUCCAAAGGGUGAUGUAGAUAUUAUUAAAGAUGAUUUAGAUGGCGCACCUCUAGUACAUGAAGUAUCUAUAUCUGAAAUAGAUGGUAAACCUUUAAUUGAAGAUUACGAUGGUGAACCACUAAAAGAUGAUAUAGAUGGUGAACCACUAGAAAAGCCGAAAUCAAAACCUAUGGCAGCUUUUAUACCUUCAAAAUGGGAGACAGUUGAUGAGGCAGAUUUAGAAGCACAAGCAAUGACAACAUCUAAGUGGGAUCAAUUAGAUCCAACCGAUGAACGAAAUAAAACAGAAGAUUUAGAACAAGAACUAGAUGGACAACCUAUUGAAGAUGAAAAUAGCAGAUCACAAGUAUCUGAUGUCAGUGACAGUGAAGAUGAUAUCCCUCCUCCCAGAAGUUCUCAGGGUCGGCAAGAAAUGUCAGAAGGGAGAAGAGCUAAAUUAAGAGAAAUUGAGUUGAAGGUUAUGAAAUAUCAAGAUGAACUUGAAGCUGGUAGGAGAUCGAGGAAACCGAACCUAUCAAUGUUGGAUCAGAUACAACAAUACAGAAAUAAACUGCUAAACAAGGAGAGUACAGAUUCACCAAAUCGAUCACCAAGACGAAGAAGAAGGUCAAGAUCCAGGUCAAGUUCACCCAAAAGAACAAAGCGUACUAAAAGUCCCAGAAGAUCACGUCAUUCAUUAUCACGAUCACCACAGAGAAAAACAUCAAGAAGCCCUAGUCGUCAUCGUCACAAACAUAAGAAAAAUAGAAGAUGAUGAAUUCUGUUUAUUGAGUGUUUAUAAUUUGUGUCAAUGUUUAUUUCAUUAUGUAUAUUUUGAAAGUGUCCGAGUGAUUGAUAGAAUGAUAUCGCUGAACCAUUAAAUUCAUAUGUUUAUAUACCACAAAUAAAUCAUUUCUCUUCUCAGUUCAUAAAUUAUUACUUGAGAUUUUAUUCAAGAAUGGGUUAGAGAAGUGAAAUUGAAAUGUUCAUGUUACCUGAUAAUAUUUGUGAUAAUCCAGAUGCAGAAGGAAUUAUACAUUUAUUGUUGUAUGCAUGAAAUUAAUGUGUAAUUGGAAUUUUUAGGACAAUAAGUAAGUAAUCUAUGCUAAAAUGUACUCAAAUUGAUUAUUGAAUUUAGGGAAACAAAACCAAAAUAUCAUCUGUAGAUAAUCUCAAUCAGAAUUUAAUAAAAGAGGCAUAUCAAAUAAUUUUACCCAACAGUUACAGGUGGAGCUGACUUUUUUAUAUCGUGGACAAAAAGUGAUGAAUGUGGCAAGAUUUCAAUUCAUUUAAUCUCUGUAAAUACUGAAAUUCCUUUCAGAUUUCAAGAUAUUGCAGUUUGCAUGGUUUGCAAUAUUCUUCAAAUUUUUAUGAUGUUCUACAGCAUUAAUUUAAUGAUACGAUCAGGUGCUCGUGGAUUUCUAUGAUUAUCCUGCAGCAAGAUAACUUUCUGAGCAUUCUUACAGUAUUAGUCUUUCUUCAAUUUUAUGCAUGUCUACUCUUUGAUUUAAGAUGAUCAAUUAUUGCUUUGAAAUAAUUUCUGGAAUUCUUCAAAUAUAUUGGCUUUCAGAUUUAUUUUACUCUUUUACAACUGUGAUAUUCACAGUUUAACACACCCCCCCCCCCCCCCCCCCCCCCCCCGUCUAUAUUGUCUGCAGGGAUGCCAAAUUUUAGCUUCAUCAUAUUUUUAGUAAAUACUGAAUAGAAUUGAACCAAUUUUUGACUGAUCGUAGAGAUUCAACUUUCACAAUAUUAAAAGGAUUUAAAAACUUCCACCAAAUGAAGAUCAGAGACUUCAGAAUGAAAUGUUAAUGUUUUGAUAAUAUACUGUGGCACUGAAACAGAAUCCUAGUUAACAACUUGUAUAUAUAAAUGUAUCCUUCAUGUAUAAAUUUAAUACAUUGUUACAUCUUUGUAAAUAAAGAAUAUUAUUUAAAA